AUGUCGGGGUACUCGAUCCACUCUGUUCGAUAUGGGAGCCCUUUGAAAUUGAGGCAGUACCUGCAUAAUGUACUCCUCCUGUGUACUCGUUUCCGCUGUAGAUUUGUGCAGACUCACCUUGUUUUCCAGGUAUUUGGGGACCAUGCUUUUUGCGGGAGGCUCGAGGGGAUGUCGAAGAAUGCAAUCCUCAUAUUCUUCAUCGUCUACGUCAAUGGAUUUAUCCUGGUACAAGAUUAG